AUGGACCACACCUACACCACCAUCCGGGUGCCGGUGGCCGCCUCGGUGAGAGAAGUCAUCAGCGCAGUUGCGGACAAGCUGGGCUCCGGGGAAGGCCUGAUCAUCGUCAAGAUGAGCUCCGGAGGAGAAAAGGUGGUGCUCAAACCUAAUGAUGUUUCAGUAUUUACGACGCUCACCAUUAAUGGACGCCUGUUUGCUUGCCCGAGAGAGCAAUUCGAUUCACUGACUCCCUUGCCAGAACAGGAAGGCCCAACUGUCGGAACAGUGGGAACUUUUGAACUGAUGAGCUCGAAAGAUUUAGCAUACCAGAUGACAAUUUAUGAUUGGGAACUCUUCAACUGCGUGCAUGAGCUGGAGCUAAUCUACCACACAUUUGGAAGGCAUAAUUUUAAAAAGACCACAGCAAACUUGGAUUUGUUUCUGAGGAGAUUUAAUGAAAUUCAGUUUUGGGUUGUCACCGAGAUCUGCCUUUGUUCCCAGCCCAGCAAGCGUGUUCAGCUCUUAAAGAAAUUUAUUAAAAUAGCAGCCCACUGCAAGGAGUACAAAAAUCUGAAUUCCUUUUUUGCCAUCGUCAUGGGGCUAAGUAAUGUUGCUGUGAGCCGCCUGGCACUCACGUGGGAGAAGCUGCCAAGCAAGUUCAAGAAGUUCUACGCGGAGUUUGAAAGUUUAAUGGAUCCUUCCAGAAACCACAGGGCCUACCGGCUGACAGUGGCUAAGCUGGAGCCUCCUCUCAUCCCCUUCAUGCCUUUGCUCAUCAAAGAUAUGACAUUUACUCAUGAGGGGAACAAGACAUUCAUUGACAAUCUAGUCAACUUUGAAAAAAUGCGCAUGAUUGCAAAUACUGCCCGGACAGUGAGAUACUGCAGAAGCCAACCUUUCAAUCUUGACGCAGCUCAAGCUAACAAGAACCAUCAGGAUGUCCGGAGUUACGUACGGCAAUUAAAUGUGAUUGACAACCAGAGAACUUUAUCACAGAUGUCACACCGGCUAGAGCCUCGUCGGCCAUAA